GAUUGGUCUCAUUACUAGGUUGUUAUAAACCUAGUACUUGCAAUCAAACAUUACCAUAGAAUCAAUCUUGUAUUGUAUCAAGCAUGGUGAACGAGCAUUUAGAUUUGGAGUAUGUGUUUGUGCCAUUGGGUUUAUUGGUGUUCUUUUUGUACCAUAUGUGGCUUCUCUUCACCAUUCUUCGUCAACCUCAUCGAACUAUCAUUGGCUUAAACGCUGAGUCUCGUCAUCAAUGGGUUUAUGCCAUGAUGGCUGAUCCCUUCAAGAAUGGUGUUUUGGCGGUCCAAACAAUGCGUAACCAUAUCAUGGCAUCGACUCUUCUUGCUACAACAGCAAUCACACUAAGUUCACUGAUCGGUAUUUUCGCUAGCAGUUCCUGGAGUUCUGAUGACACGUCUUCCAUACUUCACAGUACUUCGUCAAUCAAACGUAUUUCGAUUACUAUUUGUUUUCUCGUUGCAUUUUUAUGCAAUAUUCAGUCUAUAAGAUGCUACUGUCAUGUCAGCUUUUUAAUCACUGCGCCUACACUUCGAGAUAAAAAGGCGUAUAUGGAAUAUAUUGCUAAGACGUUGAAUCGUGGAAGUCACUCUUGGUCACUUGGAUUGCGAGCAUUUUACUUGUCAUUUCCUCUAUUCCUAUGGAUUUAUGGACCUAUACCGAUGUUUGCUUGUUCCUGCUUUACAUCAUUCUGUUUGUACUUUUUGGAUACUACUGCUAGAAUCACAAGGGAUCUUCACAGUAAUUCGUUCACGAAGGAGAGUAAUGAUGUAGAAUCUGCAGUGGAAUCUGAUUACCAUUCUUUAGCUGGUAACAACUUGGCUCAAAAUGCAGCUGUAGAUAAUGUGUAAUUGAUGUAUAUUUGUAGCGUUGACAAUUUUAGCGACCUUUUUUGUGUAUGAUUCUGUUAAUAAUUAUGAACAUGUGCAUUGGAUGUUGGAAGUUUCAAAGAGUAGAGUUCUAGGUAGUGACUUUUAGUUUUUUACGAAUGUAAUUUUUAAGAGGAUUGAUUUUGCCGUCUAAAAAGAAGUAGCGGCACAGUUUGUUGUCUGCUUACCUUCUUUUGGAUAUGGUUGCACAGAUCUCCGAAGUUGCACGGGGAGGGCCUAUAAAAUUAACACUCCUACGUUUAAAUCAUUGAGUGAAUGAAAAGAGGUAGAGUAAAAUUGUAAGCAAAAUCAUACUUUAGUCUGCACAGUAUGCACAGGUGAUGACUUAUAUAU